AUGGAGCAUAUAUAUUUACCAGAACCAACAGAGAAUAUAUGGAAAAAAUGUGCUGAAGAAUUUGAAAGUAGAUGGGGAUUUCCCAAUUGCAUUGGCAGCGUGGACGGUAAACAUGUAACAAUCAAGAGACCUAACAACAGUGGCUCCAAUUACUGGUGCUAUUUACAUGAAUAUUCAAUAGUACUUAUGGCCAUUGUUGGCCCGGACUAUAAAUUUAUAUGUGUUGAUAUUGGUGGUUUCGGAAAAAAUAGUGAUGGGGGUAUUUUCGAAACCUCAAACAUGGGAAAACGAUUUGAACAAAAUUUAAUGAGUGUCCCUGCACCUAGAUUUCUCCCUGGGCAAAAUGAAAUCUGCUCGUACGUCUUAAUUGGUGAUGAAGCAUUUGCUUUAAAACCAUACCUUAUGAGACCAUUUCCUUAUAAGCAGACUUUAACAGACGUCAGAAAAGAGAAAUACAAUAUGUAG